AGCCAUUUGGGCUCAAGCCGUUUUGGACUCGAGGGUCGGCUCCAGUUCAGCUCGAGGCGCUUCCCGGGGGGCCAGCCCCGCCAGUUCCCCGCUUAGCGAUAUGGCCGCGGCUCUCAAGGCGAAGUUCGCCGAGGUGGACACGGAUGGCAGCGGCAUGAUCAGCAAGGAUGAGUUUGCGAAGCUCCUCAAGAAGGGGAACCCGAAGAUCGACGACAAGUCCAUAGACACUGUCUGGAAGAAGCUCGACUCGGACGGCAGCGGGAAGCUCACCUUCGAAGAGCUCGCAAACUACCUUGGCAACAGCGGUGAUAAGAUGGAGUUCAAGAGCCCGGGUAUGUCGCCCGCCUGCCAGACCUUCUGCGACGUCUUCAAGAGCCUGACGUACAAGACGGACGAGGGCCGGGUCGCCCGCGGACACGCAUUCGCGGCCUGCGACCCGAACGGCAACGGGUACGUCUCCCUGGCCGAGGUGGACGGCUGGAUCCAGAAGGUGUUGAUCACCUACUUUGGGCAGAAGGGAUGCGACGGGGAUCCCAAGGAGGAGGGGACCCGCAUCUGGAAGUGCUUCCGCGCUUCCUACAUCCGCGCCCACACCGACGCGAAGGACAUCGCCGGCGGCGGGAGCCGCGCGGACGACUACGUCACCGCGAAGGAGUUCCGCCUGCUCUGCACCUACCUCAUCUUGUACGCAGCGAUGUACGACGCCUUCGCCCUCAUCGACGGCGGUGGCGGCAGCGUCGAGGACAAGUCGGGCGACGACCGCAAGAUGACGCUGGCGGAGUGGAAGCAGGGCUACAAGACAGUCGCGAAGCACGGCUUCGUCGGCCUGAGCGACGCCGCCAAGCUGGACGCUGCGGGUGCCGAGGAGGUGUUCAAGAAGAUGAACAGCGGCAAGGACGCCGAGGGCAAGGAGUACGGCAACGACAGCGUGGUGAUGCUGGCGGAGUUCUGCGCGUACGUGGAGAAGUGCGAGAUUGAUGCUGGCACCCCGUUCGGCCAAGCCCUGGGCGCGUGAUCUGGGCAGCGCCGCUCUUCCCGGGCAACCCUCAUUCUCCUCCUCGUCCUCGUUCUCCUCGUCCUCCUCUUCCUCGCCCUCCUCCUCCUCCUCCUCCUCCUCCUCCUCCUCCAUCCCCCUCCGCCCCGAGCUUGAUCCGACCUCGCCUGAGUUGCCCUCAUCGAGGGAAGGGUCUAUCCAGCGUGCGCAUAAUGCGGCGCGCGCUUGUCGGCGGAUUUCAAUUGGUCCAGCCAGCGAUGAGUGACGCGGCCUGUUUGGCCCGCGUCGCCCGCAAGGCAUGGCGUGCAAAAAAGUGACUGUCGUCUCUUGGGGACAUUGUUGGAAAGCUCCGUGGCCACGCGAAGCCGUUCUGGCGGCAUCUUAAGGCCUCUUGAAGGCAUGUUGGACGUCGUGUUGGUCCAACUUGGCCCAUUUUGCGUCAUCUCGGAGGUCUUGCUCCUCGCAUUGGGCUCGUCCAGAGACCCAGGGGAGGGACUUCCCUCACAGAACGUUUCUACCUUUCCAGUCCUUACGUGGCCAUAGUACUCUCGUGUCCAUGUCCCUAGAUGGUCCAAGAUGGCAUGUCAGACGGCCGAAGGGGGGCGCCAGCACUGCAUCAUCGCCGACUGCUGGAG